CGUAAUGGAAUGGGUUUUAGCUCAAAAAUAAAAUAUAAGAAACCCUAAAAUUAAAAUCCGAAAUCACUGGAAUCCUCCUUCAUUGCUACUCCGUUCAACUCUUCGUCGGCACCAGCGUCUCUACCUACCCGCAUCGCUGCCGCCAAGCAUCUCUGCCACACGCUUUCCUCUCCGGCUCCGUGUCUGCCCAACCUCUCCGCUGUGGUUGCUUCCUUCCCUCGUCCUUGAUCAGGUAUGGAUCCGGAAGCUUCACGAACUGCACGAGAAUCUCUUGACCUGGCAUUUCAAAUGUCGAAUAUACUCGACACUGGCCUUGACCGUCACACUCUCUCUGUUCUUAUUGCUCUCUGUGAUCUUGGAGUUAACCCAGAAGCACUUGCUGCCCUUGUUAAAGAGCUGAGGAAUGAAAAGCCUUCCUUGUCUUCUGCAACAACGAGGUCUUCUUUGUCAUAAAUCUGCGUUUUGUUUGAUACCAUUCUUUUCUUGCUCAGUUUCUGGAGUAUUUGAUUAUUAAGCAUUUGAUUGAUAGUCAUUUUCUUUAGGUCAUCAGUAGAGAAGAAUGAAAGAGCAACUUGGCUAAUGAGAUGAGAAGAAACAAAGAUAGGAGGUUAUAAGAGAUGAGAUGAGUACUGGAAUUGCAUUAUUGUCUUACUUAGAAAAACUAAGCAAGCUUCCUUACUUUGUACUCUUUUUUCUUAUGUUCAGCUCUAUAUAUUCAACAUAGAUGCUACUGUAAAUCAAUCAUUUUCAUAUGUUUUAUAAACAAUUGCCAAGUAGAGGGGAUGAAUAUUGUUAUGAUUUUUUACGUCAACCAUAUAACUUGAUCCUUAGUUCCCCAGUAAAUGACAUGUAUUUUCAGACAAGGAAGCAACUGCAUUGAUUUUAAAUCUUAGGGUGUUCAUACGUUUAGUUGGUCUUCGAACUCAGCCAUCAGUCUACCUAUUUUCAAGUUGUGUGAAAAUAGGUUCAGAUUUGUUUGAAAACAAUGAAAAAGUACUUGUAUAAAUUUAGAAACUAAAAAGACUGAUCUCUCUGUGUUU